AUGCAACUGGUGGAUUACAGACCUUCUAAGUUGUCUUGCCUUGAUGUAGCACAAUGCUUGAACAGCUCCUUCGAUAAGGCCGUCUGUAUGGAAUCAUCACAGAAUCGGACGUCUCGACGUGUCACGGGAUCGAUGAAUGACGGUUGCAGCGAGUUCAGAAGAAUAGCAUUCAAAGCUCAGGAAUCUGCUUCGCAUUCAGUAGACCCUUUACAUCCUGACGAAUCUACCCGAUUAAACGUGGCAGAUGAAUCCAUUCACUGC